ACAUCAUACAGAUACUCGAAAGAUCCCAAUUUUACUUCCCGAAAACCCAAUUGACUGAGCUUCCUUGCCUGUAUGUUCUGAUUGGUCUUUCUUCUUACAACAAAUCUUGAAGCCGCAAAUACCCUUUACAGACAGUUCCCAAUAGAAAACGCGCAGCCCCUUGGUUUACCACGCUUUUAGGACAAUCAAGUCCAAUCCCAACCAAGAACUGAGAAGAGAAAACAACGACGCAAUUCAAUCUAAUCUCCUCUAUCUAGAAUGCGUUGGUUAUUGCCUUUUAUGCAUCUUCUACUGCUGUUUUUCCAACUGCCCACAUGCAAAUCUUCAUCAAUUUCUCAUCUUUUUGAUAGUUGGUGCAAAGAAUAUGGGAAAACAUACGCUUCCGAGCAAGAAAAACAGCAGAGGUUCAAAGUAUUCGAGCAAAACUAUGAAUAUGUUACUCUGCAUAAUGCAAGGCCUAAUUCCUCUUACACGCUCUCUCUCAAUGCCUUCGCUGAUCUCACUAACCAUGAGUUCAAGGCCAAAUAUUUGGGGCUUUCGCUCUCUGCAAGCAACUUAGCUAUCAGAUUGAAUAGUGAGCAGGUUGGCAUUGAAGGGCCCGAUCUUGUGAAAGAAUCUGAUCUUCCAUCUUCUGUUGAUUGGAGGAAACAAGGGGCUGUUACUGAAGUGAAAGAUCAGGGCAGUUGUGGUGCAUGCUGGUCAUUCUCAACCACCGGUGCAGUUGAAGGCAUUAAUAAGAUUGUGACAGGAUCUCUCAUCAGUCUGUCUGAACAAGAGCUAAUUGAUUGUGACAAAUCUUAUAAUGAUGGCUGUGGGGGAGGACUCAUGGAUUACGCUUAUCAAUUCAUAAUAAAAAAUAAAGGGAUCGAUACGGAGAAGGAUUACCCCUAUCAAGGCCGUGAAGGAACUUGCAAGAAAGAGAAACUGAAAAAACACGUUGUAACCAUUGAUAGUUAUGCUGAUAUAACUGCCAAAAAUGAGAAGAAGCUACAGCAGGCUGUCGCCACUCAACCUGUCAGUGUUGGUAUAUGUGGUAGUGAAAAAUCAUUCCAAUUGUACUCGGGGGGGAUAUUUACAGGCCCAUGCUCCGCUUCUUUGGAUCAUGCAGUACUAAUCGUGGGUUAUGAUUCUAAAGAUGGACAGGAUUAUUGGAUUAUAAAGAAUUCAUGGGGAAGAUACUGGGGAAUGGAUGGCUAUAUGCACAUGCAAAGAAAUACUGGGAACGGAGAGGGGCUCUGCGGAAUCAACUUGCUGGCAUCGUAUCCUAUCAAGACGAGCCCAAAUCCUCCUCCCUCUCCGCCCCCUGGUCCUGUCAGAUGUAACCUUUUCACUUAUUGCUCCAGUGGUGAAACCUGUUGCUGUACCCGAGAUAUUUUUGGAAUAUGCUUGAAAUGGAAAUGUUGUGGAGCAGAAUCGGCUGUCUGUUGCCAAGACCGCCGUUCUUGUUGUCCACAUGAUUAUCCUGUUUGUGACACUAAAAGGAAUAUGUGCCUCAAGUGGAUUGGGAAUUCUACAGUAGCACAGCCACUUGCCCAGGAAAGAAUUUCUGCAAGUCAGGUGGCUGAAGCUUUCUUAUGACCAUUGAAACACUGCAGCAAUAUUCUUAGAGCAGCGCACUCAUGUUACUAGAGUUUGCAACGAUGUUACCGUAGUGUUAGAGCUGCAUAUUGAUUCUAUUACACAUAUUGAGAUAGUCUGUCAGUUGAGGUAACCUUUGUGCUACAUGUUGCCGGUGUAGGUCUGCAAACUAUAGGGUUUGGUAGCAAGUAUAUGUAUUAUAUACACAGGGUUAUUUUCUCAUGCCAGCCAAUGUGACACUACUUGUUUUGGCUUUUGGAUUUAUGUUACUGGUAUAUGUUUGCUCUUCUGUA